AUGAUCCUCGCCGCUGCACUGCUGGCUCUCUGCUGGUCGCUGGCCGCAGCUGCUGCGGAUGUACGAUCGCUGGACAGCCUGGCCGAGCACUGCCGCUUCUCCUUGGGAAACCAGCGCUUCAAUUUGUGCCCAGUCUUCGAGGCGAAUGAGGGCAAUUGGGUCGUCGAAUAUGAGGUACCUACGCCCCCGACGUUCACCAAGACCUCGUACACGAUUUCCUUGAGAGGCGCGCUGCAGAAGAAUGAGGGUGUACCAGAUCAUGAGCAGUGUCCAGACGGGUCAUGGAUAUGCAUGAUUACGUCGAAUCGCCGCUUGUUUGAAGAGGAGGAUCCGCGCGUCCUUCAAGUCAUUCCAGUUGCGGGGGAGUUAUCCUUGAAGCACAGGGAUGGCUCUCGCUACCAUGAUUAUUUUCCGGGCCUCAACAUCACGGCCGACUUUCGUCGGGACGUGCUGCACGUCCGUCUGCAUGGUGGCUACUAUGUGUAUCAGCAUCAGAAGGCCGAUCUGCAGUUCAUCUGUGAUCAAGAUGUCGAGGAGCCAACGAAUCCGAUAACCUCCUGGGCGUGGAAUGGCACGCAUACGUUCUCAUGGAGAACAAAACAUGCGUGUGGCGAAACCGUCGUCACUCCAACUACCUCGUCCGAGCAAACACCCACAUCCGAUUCCGGGGUCCCAGAACCGACUUCACCUCCCGAAGAAAACGGACCGCCGGACGACAGCGAGCCCCCAGACAAUGAACAGAACCUGAUCGACCCCGACGUGCUCGCGGGGCGCUCCCGCCGGUCGAUGAUGACCAUCUUUAUCUGCUCCGCAUCCGUUGUCGCUAUACUGGUGUACGCCUUGUACUUCCCGCCGCGGCGCCUCCAGCAUCUCGUGACGUCAUAUGUGAAGACACACCCGUCGCUGCUACGCGCGCGAGUAGGCGAGCGCGUGCUUGUGCGCUGGGCGGACGAGGACUUCGUACUGGAUGGGGGGGAAGAGGACGUGAUGGUCAACGCGGACGAGCAGUUUGACGCACUCGACGAGCAGAUCCCGCUCAAGCCGUCGCCGCGGCGCUCGUCCGUGCUCACUAAUUAUGGCAGCGCGCGAUGA